UACAGGCCAGAGGCCCGCUGCUGCCCAACGCCUCGACACCCGGUGCGGUGCAACUGACACACACGCACGCACGCCACUUGUGUUUUGAUCGCGGUUGCUUUUCACGCAAUAAGUGGGUUUGCCGUUAUCAGUGAUUAAAGCCCUAUGCAGUGUCCAAGUUCAAAAGUGUUUAACGCGAGGUGAUUAACGUAGAAUGGACGCUCAUUGCCAUUCGAGCUCGUUCAAGUAGUGAUCAAGACAAACAGUGCUCUUACGAAGGCAAUUGCAAUUAGCGAGAAAAGAAAAAUUCAUCCAAUUUACGCCUGGCCGCAAUCGCAUUGAGCGCGUUUCGAACGCAUCACGCAGGAGAUGCACUGACACGCACGAGCUACCGAACCUCGCUGACGAUCACGCAUAGAGCACCGAUCGAAUGCAAUGUCGCCGAUAAGGAGAAGCUGCUGCAGUCCGUGGACGACGGCGACGACGAUCUUUGGUGUCUUGCUGGUAGCGCUGACGCUCCUCGGCGAGCCUGCCCAAGCGGCGCGACAAGUCAAGCUCGAGAACGAGUCGAACGGCAACGCGACGGUGUACAACGGCGAUCAGUUCAGCCUGAUUUGCCCGUUGAAGAGGCCCAACUCCACCGUCACCUGGUACAAGAACGGCCAAGCGCUGCAGUCGAGCUCGGGCCGGGUCCGGGUGCAGAAGCAGCGGAUACGCUUCCGGGCCGCCAAGCCCAUCGACUCGGCCGAGUACGUCUGCCAAGUCGAGCAGCCGAAUGGCGACGUCGUCGAGCGACGCAGUCUCGGGCUCCAAGUCGAGUCCGAGCUCAACGAUCAGGAGUACCGGGACAUAUUCAACGAGGAGAGCAACGACUCGCUUGGCUUGGCGCAGGGGGCCAUGAGAGCCGCGCCCGACACCGACGAGCCGCUCCAGGCCGAGCUCAGAGAGAUGCCGGAGGUGCGGGCUCUGCACAUGGACUCGGGCCUGGAGGGCUCCUUGGCGGCCGAGCAAGACGCGUCGUUGCCUCAGCUGAGCGGCGAUCUGCCGCAGAUCGAGGUCAUACCCGCCGGCAGCGUGCUGAAGCUCAAGUGCCCGAGCUCGACGCACCCCCAAGCCAACAUAACUUGGUACAAGAACUCGGAGGAGCUGAACCGCACCCAGGGCUUCGGCAAGUUCAACAAGUGGGGACUGCGCAAGGAGACGACGGUCCUCGGCGACAAGGGCAACUACACCUGUAGACUGUGCAACGCCGCCGGCUGUGUCGAGCACACCGUCAACGUCGACAUCGUCGCGAGCAUACAGGCCGAGCCGAUCCUGACGAUCCCACUGGUCAACACGACGGCCCUGCUGGGCGGCAGCAUGAACUUCACCUGCAUCGUCCUGUCGGAGUCGCACGUGCACCUCGAGUGGUACCACGGCUACCACGACUCGCUCGACACGCUCAACAAGACCAACGACAGCGCCCGAGUCGAGACGAAGCCCGGCACCGCCGACCUCAACGACCUCAAUGUUCUCGAGAUUCAGAAUCUCACCCAUCACGACGAGGGCUGGUACACGUGCGUCGCCGGCAACGCCAUGGGCUACGCCUUCAGCAGCGCCUAUCUUCGCGUCGUCGACUCCAUGGACGAAGUGCAGGGAAUGCCGAUAGUGGUGCACAACCAGGGGAUGACGACGACGAUCCUCGUGGCGGUGCUCAUGGGCUCGAUCGCCUUCGGAAUGGUGAUAGCCGUCUACUCGUACCAGAGGCUCAAGCGGCAAAAGAUCAAGAAGAUGCUGGCCAAGGAGACGGCCCGGGCCACCGUCAUCACCCAGUGGACCAAGAAGGUGAUAAUCGAGCGGGCCGACGAGCUGGCCUCGCAGCAGCUCAACCAGCAGCAGAGCUCCGAGAGCCUCUCGCUGCCCGUCGUCAAGAUCGAGAAGCAGAAGAUGCAGCUGCUCGGCGACUGCGAGGCCUCGGCCUCCACGGGCAUAAGCGAGUACGAGCUGCCGCUCGACAGCCACUGGGAGCUCUCGCGGGAGGAGCUCGUUCUCGGCAAGACCCUCGGCGAGGGGGCCUUCGGCAAGGUCGUCAAGGCCACCACCCGGCCCGGCAAAUUCGGCAGCAAGAGCCUCGUCGUGGCCGUCAAGAUGCUCAAGGAGGGCCACACCGACGCCGAGAUGAUGGACCUCGUCUCCGAGAUGGAGAUGAUGAAGGUCAUCGGCAAGCACAUGAACAUCAUCAACCUGCUCGGCGCCUGCACCCAGGACGGGCCGCUCUUCGUCGUGGUCGAGUUCGCGCCCCACGGCAAUCUGCGCGACUUCCUCAGGGAGCACCGGGUCGCCAGCCCCUACGACCCGCUCACCGGCAAGAAGGCCCUCACCCAGAAGGACCUCGUCUCCUUCGCCUACCAGGUGGCCCGCGGCAUGGAGUACCUGGCCAGCAGGCGCUGCAUCCACCGGGACCUCGCCGCCAGGAACGUCCUCGUCAGCGAGGAGUACGUACUCAAGAUCGCCGACUUUGGCCUCGCCCGAGACAUCAACUCUCACGACUACUACAGGAAGACCACCGAUGGCCGGCUGCCCGUCAAGUGGAUGGCUCCGGAGGCUCUGUUCAAGCGCCUCUACACCAGUCAGUCGGACGUGUGGUCCUUUGGCGUCCUGCUGUGGGAGAUAAUGACGCUGGGCGGCACCCCGUACCCGUCGGUGCCGUCGGUCGAGACGCUCUUCCAGCUGCUCAAGUCCGGCAUCCGCAUGGAGAAGCCGUCCUGCUGCUCGAUCGAGAUGUACUGCGUGAUGCGCGACUGCUGGAAGUACCAGGCCGAGGAGAGGCCGGUCUUCGCCGAGCUCGUCGAGGAGCUCGACAAGAUACUCACGGUGACGGCCAACGAGGAGUACCUGGACCUCGGCCUGCCGCAGCUCGACACCCCACCGAGUAGCCAAGAGUCGAGCGAGGCCGAGGACAACUACGACGACGACGAGCACGACGAGGACGAGAACGACAAUCUCACCGGUGCCAAAAAGUUCUCCUUCCCCAGGAAUCUCGUGUAAAUUUUGCCCAUGCCCAAAGAGAGAAAGACGUCCAUGCACCCUAAUCAUUUUGUACAUUGCUCGUGAAUGGAUAGCCGAUUGACUCGAAUGUCACUUGUGUAUAUUUUUUUAUCAUUAUCUAUGUUCGUUUUCAAUAAUACUUUUAGCUCUAUGUGUUUUCAACUAGUCAAUCACGUGAAACACUAACAACGAUUACGCGACAUGUUAUAUACAUAUCACAGACGCGCGCGCAUGUCGUCAAGUGCCUUUAUACAUAUACUUUAUAAUUUAUGUAAAAAAGCAAUCAUCAUUAUGUAUAAUCUUAUGAAUAAUGUAAAAAUUUUAUCGAUAUAUUUAGUUAGUGUAAAGUAAAAUGUUGAAUUUAAAUUGCCGAAAACUUGUAACAGCCAAAUGAAAAAGAUAUUUUUUAAGAAUCACACAUGUACAUUACACGAUAGGAGAUUAAUUAAUUUGGCAAUGAUUUGAAUUCAAAAUCUUUUAAAAGUUUGUAUGUCCUGUUGGCAGGGCAGCAUAUUACAGUGAAUAAUUAUCAAAGAUGGUCCUUUGGACAGUCUUUGAAAUGAUACAAUAUAGUUUGCAUAGCAUUAUAUGAAUGAUAAUUGUGGUCGGAAUCGAGGCAUUCAAAUAUGUCAUCGAGAAAUAAAAACCAAAAUAAUGUUUCAAGUGCUAUUAUACAUGUACUAUUAAAUUGUAAUUAUAAUAUUACGUCUUAUGACGUUUACUACGGAGAAAGUUCAAAUCGUCCUACUGUAUAAAUCGUCCGCACAUAAUGAUCUUGUAACGACAUCGUGUGUCUAUGCUCUUACGAGAUCGAAAACAUUUGUAAAUAAUACGUUUAAACGAUUGUAUAAAUUAUCGCACCGAGCCUCGGUGCAAUUAAUUAACAGUUAAGCCUAAUUAGCUGAGGUAAUUUCUUAGCUCGUAAGCAAUCUUUAAUUAGCAUUUAAAAACCUUAUUGGACUUGUCAAUAAUCACAACAACAAAAUAAAUCGAAUAAUUUUGUAAUUCAUGCA